GGAGAUGACUGUCAGCUGCUUUCCCUGCAUAGCCACCAUCACAUGCCCCAGCACCGGAGCCUGGGAAGCCUGACCACAGACCAGCAUCUCCGAGGCAUGAAUAAUUAGUUAGGCAUAAUGGAAGGCACUCACUGCACCCUCCAAUUGCAUAAGCCCAUUACCGAACUCUGCUACAUCAGCUUCUAUCUUCCAAGAGGGGAAGUCAGAGGAUUUUCAUACAAGGGCACCGUAACUCUAGAUAGAUCCAAUAAAGAGUUUCAUAACUGCUACCAAGUCAGGGAGGGGUCAGACAUCACCAGCCUCAGUCUGCAGCCGAAUGAACAUCCAGGCGACAUAUUUUUCAAGCAAACUCCCACGAAAGACAUUCUAACUGAACUGUACAAACUCAUAGCAGAGAGGGAGAGACUGCUGGCCGACCUGCUGAGCUCAGACCACAUCCUGGGCAUUACGAUGGGGAACCAGGAGGGGAAGCUGCCAGAGCUGUCCAUGAGCCUGGCCCCCGAGGACGACAGUUUCCAGAGUGCUGACGACUGGCAGGGGGAGCCCCUCGUGGGCUGUCUCAAUAAGAGGAGCACCCACGGGAACAGAAAGCCUCGGAGGUUUGGUGGAAGGAGAGAGAGCUUUGAGACGCAGCCGCACAAGAGGACAAGAAGAAAAGGGCGUGGGCGUCGGGAAUCGGCUCUGCAGAUGGGAAAGGACCAGAUCUGUUCCAGCAGCUCCCUUCCUCUUUCUCGAGGGAGGCCUAAUCUUUGGCUCCUAGAGGAGAGAGGCAACUUGCUCCCAGAUGGGGCACUUACCUCUUCCCUGCAGAGGCGAGAGAGCUACCCCCUGGAGACCCCCAGGACACUGGCCCCUGACCCUGGCUUUGGGAGCUUGGGGCCGGCUUUUGAGGAUGCCAAGUUUGGAAGAGGAGGCCGGGGCCCUGACUGCAGCUCCACAGAGCCAGGAGAUGGGGGUACCUGGGGGCCGCAGAGGGGGCCUCACAGGCUGGCGCAUCAGCAAACAGGUUUGUCUGCAAGUCACGAGGACCCUGAGAAGCAUCCAGAGGCAGAGAGGGGCCAGAGGGAGAAGUCUGCUGAGCAGACUUGCACAAAGAAACCUGUUUGCAAAGUGGUGGCCAAAGUCCAGGAUCUGUCCACUCAGGUGCAAAGAGUGGUUAAAACUCGUCCUGAGGCUGAGGGAAGGAUUGACGUUUGCCCGGCGGCCCAAGGGGAGUUUAUACCCAAAGCGGACUUGCUCAUCAUCUCGGGAGCCAAGGCGGGGCCCCGUGGUUCCAGGCAGCGGGGCAAGGAGCAGCGAGGGGAUGGGUCAUUGCAGUCAUCAGCCAGGGAAUGUGUGCCAGCCAGCACGGAGGGGGCUGUGAACAAGGUCCUCCUGAAAGUGAUAGAGAGUGAGAAGUUAGAUGAAGCCACUGAAGGGAAAAGGCUGGGUUUUCCCCUCAGCACGACAGCCACCCACACCCUGCCAGAGGCUAGACUCAAGAGGAGAGCUGGGCUGCCUCUGAGUGGCCACAAAACCUUGUUUCUGGAUCUGCCCCACGGUGUAGGGCCACACGCCUCACAACCAAGAGGUGAUGAGAAGAGGUCGUCCCCCCCAGCACUGGCAGCUCUCAGCAUGGUAUUUAAUAAUUCAUCCUCUCAGUCCGGCACACACAAACGGCUGUCACCUGUUCCCUCACCUCUAUCUCCAAGGCUCCCUGGCCCUCAGCAGCAUCACAGGAUCCUCCGGCUCCCUCCACUGCCUGGCGAGAGGGAAGCCCCUCUUGAUGACUCUCCCGGUGGAAAGAGUGGUGCCUUCUCUGGGUCCCUCUCUGCUGACUCCUUGGAGCCACCAUCAUCUGCGAAGGUCACGGAGACCAAAGGAGCCCGCUCGGCCUCCCUCAGAGCAGACCAACCUCGGUUGGUGCCUGGGGAACGUUUGGAAAAGAGCUUGGGGCCUGGGAAGACCACAGCUCAGCCCCAGCACCAGUCACCUCCAGGCAUCUCCUCCGAGGGCUUUCCUCGAGACUGCUUCAAUGAGCAGACAGCAACUAAAGACCCUCCCAACAGGGAUGGAGGUGCAUGGGUCCUGGGGUAUAGAGCAGGACCAACCUGUCCAUUUCUGCUUCACGAGGAGAGAGAGAAGCCAAACAGAAGCGAAUUAUACUUGGACCUCCAUCCUGACCACAGCCCCACUGAGCAGGACGAUAGGACUCCUGGCAGACUCCAGGCUGUCUGGCCACCCCCAAAGACAAAAGACACAGAAGAAAAAGUAGGAUUGAAGUACACUGAAGCAGAAUACCAAGCUGCUAUUUUACACUUGAAGAGGGAGCACAAAGAAGAAAUUGAAAACCUGCAGGCUCAGUUUGAACUUCAGGCCUUUCAUAUCCGGGGCGAGCAUGCAGUGAUAACAGCGAGGCUAGAAGAAACCAUUGAAAAUCUCAAGCACGAGAUAGAACACCGAUGGCGAGGAGGACGUGAAGAGAUGAGAGAUGCAUGCAUCUCCACCGAUGAUGACAGCCCUCCAAAGACCUACAGAAAUGUGUGCAUCCAGACAGACAGAGAGACUUUCCUCAAACCCUGCGAAGGUGAAGGCAAGACACCCAGAAGUAACCAAAUAAUACCCAAAAAGCUGAAUAUCUCCUCUUUAAGCCAACUCUCUCCCCCAAAUGACAGCAGACACAUCCAUGCUCCUCUUCAGUCUGUGGAAGGCAUCUCAUCGAGUCAGCAGAAGGCAUCGCCUCCCCCUCCUGCACCACCCCUACCAACACCCAUCCCUCCCCCUCCUCCCCUUCCACCUGGACUUGAACCUUUGCCACCAGCACCUCCACCACCACCUGCGAGUGCUGGACCGCCACCACCUCCGCCACCUCCUCUGCCCCCAAGUGCUGGGCCUCCCCCACCUCCUCCCCCACCACCACUUCCUAACUCCUCCACUCUGCCCAACAGUGGAGGGCCACCUCCUCCUCCAGCACCCCCAGGACUUGUGCCCCCACCUCCUCCUGGACUCUUCUUCGGAGUCAGCUCUUCUUCUAGCCAGUGUCCUCGGAAGCCAGCCAUUGAGCCCAGUUGUCCCAUGAAGCCUUUGUACUGGACUAGAAUACAAAUAAGUGAUAAGAGCCAAAAUGCUACACCAACCUUAUGGGAUUCCUUAGAAGAACCAGAUAUUCAGGAUCCUAGUGAAUUUGAGUAUUUAUUCUCCAAAGACACAACUCAGCAGAAGAAAAAACCUCUGUCAGAGACCUAUGAGAAAAAAAACAAGGUCAAAAAGAUCAUCAAGUUAUUGGAUGGAAAACGAUCUCAAACUGUGGGAAUCUUGAUAUCUAGUUUGCAUUUAGAAAUGAAGGAUAUCCAGCAGGCCAUUUUCAAUGUGGAUGACUCUGUGGUUGAUCUGGAGACCCUGGCGGCCUUAUAUGAAAAUAGAGCCCAAGAGGAUGAAUUGGUUAAAAUAAGAAAGUAUUACGAGACAUCCAAAGAAGAAGAAUUGAAGCUGCUGGAUAAACCUGAGCAAUUUUUACACGAGUUAGCCCAGAUCCCUAAUUUUGCUGAACGUGCCCAGUGCAUAAUCUUCAGAUCUGUCUUUUCUGAGGGUAUUACCUCCUUGCACCGAAAGGUAGAGAUCAUCACACGAGCUUCUAAGGGCUUGCUGCAUAUGAAGAGUGUGAAGGAUAUUUUAGCUCUCAUUCUGGCUUUUGGAAAUUAUAUGAAUGGAGGAAAUAGAACUCGAGGACAAGCAGAUGGAUAUAGCUUAGAAAUCCUGCCCAAACUCAAGGACGUCAAAAGUCGGGAUAACGGGAUUAAUCUGGUGGACUAUGUCGUGAAAUAUUACCUGCGUUACUACGAUCAGGAAGCAGGAACAGAAAAGAGCGUUUUCCCCCUGCCUGAACCACAAGAUUUCUUUCUGGCCUCCCAAGUCAAGUUUGAAGACCUCAUAAAAGAUUUGAGAAAACUGAAGAGGCAACUAGAAGCAAGUGAGAAACAGAUGACGGUGGUGUGCAAGGAGUCGCCAAAGGAGUAUCUCCAACCUUUCAAGGACACACUAGAAGAGUUCUUCCAGAAAGCCAAAAAAGAGCAUAAAAUGGAAGAAAGUCACUUGGAGAAUGCACAGAAAAGUUUUGAAACAACAGUAGGAUAUUUUGGGAUGAAGCCAAAGUCUGGUGAGAAGGAGAUCACACCCAACUACGUGUUUAUGGUGUGGUACGAGUUCUGCAGUGACUUCAAGACGAUUUGGAAACGGGAGAGUAAAAACAUAUCUAAAGAGAGAUUAAAAAUGGCUCAGGAAUCAGUCAGCAAGUUGACGUCAGAGAAGAAAGUGGAGACAAAGAAAAUCAACCCUACAGCUAGUCUGAAAGAAAGACUGCGUCAGAAGGAAGCCAGUGUGACUAGCAACUAACACAGAGACACGUGAAAAGGAUGACAACAGAGAUGUAGUACCUGCAUGAUCCUUUCCAACACCAGUGCUGCAGGAAGUUCUUGAAAGAUAUGUUACUAAAUGUUUGUUUUGCUGAUCUCUGUCUGAGGUCAUCCGCAGUGAGCACCCCGUGCCUUCUUAAAGUCCCUUAUUAAGCCACAGGAACAAUGAAAAGCUGUUUAAGGGAACAUUGCAGGAGUAUUUGAUAAUUGUUUCUUGUGGAGGUCCAAGGUCCACUCCGUUAUAAGACCAGAAGAAAUACCAAGAUUUUCCACUUUUUUUUUAAAAGCAGAGAUUUCAAACUUUCUAACCCAAGCUUGAUAUAUGUAAACUUGUAACAGAAGAAGAGAAGGAUCUUUUAUGACAUUUGCCUUGAGAGAGUUCAAGCCUUGGUCUUUACACACUGCUGGUUUGAUUAUUCGUCUUAAUUUUGAUCCUAUUUCAGCAAGAUCCUGAAGCAUCUUUCACCGAAAAUGUUGAAACUUACCAAAACUAUAUUUAAAGAGGUUCAAGACUCUAUUUCCCAGACUAGAGAAAUGGUUAUUUUGUUGUUCAUGUAAUGGAAAGGACAGAAAAUGGAAUUAUACGUGGAUGUGAGGAGGGGUUAAAUAGCCAUAAACUUCAUCCUGGAAAACAUGUUAUGAUACAAGGAGUUGACAUCAGCCAUUAAGCAAGACCCAUUCUUUUGUUUUUGUAUCAAUUCAUUUUGUUUUCCUGGACCAGCAGGGAUUCUCCACCCCACACCCAAAAGAAACAGUGAUACUUGAGCAGGGACAGACUUGGGGUCAAAGCACCUGCUUCGACACGUAACCUAGUAACAGAGCACAUUUCACAUUUCAGACCGUUCGUGAAUGGCUAAUGCCAUGUUGACAUGCAGCUGAGCUCUACGUAACAUUCUGGGUCUGUGAGCAGCUGGACCUUUCCCGCCAACACCAGGAGGCGGC